AAGUCGAACAGAAGACAGGACAGAAGGAGAAGAGAAAAUGUCGGAGUCGCUACGUCGCUUGGUGAAUAUUGGAACAUUUACAGUUCUCCAGGAAAAAUUAGAAAGAUGGCUGGGUGAUUAUUACAUUAACACGUGUGAUCAGAAUGUAGCAAGAGGCUGUGAAAUUAUUGAGUUGAAUGCCAAAGUUCAAGGUCAACUGUUUAAACUGCUCAAUGUUUGUGCUGCUGAAGGUGGUCUAUAUGGUGGAGCGAACAUCAUUAAAUCUCGACUCCUACCAUGGCUAGGACAAAGUUUCUUCGCUACUGGUGGUAAUCUGUCCACAGAUACAAGUCUCACCGUUCUAGCAGAAUGCGCCGCAAAGGACAGGGAAAUGAACCAUCUUCAAACUAUGUAUGAGACAUCCCUUGAUGACCUUGAAGCUGAUCUGAGGUCAUUUAGAAGUGAAAAUCAAGAUCUCCGUGACGAAUUACGUGAAACGAAGGAUGAACUAGACUACAAGCUUAGAUCGACCAGUAGUGAGAAAAUGAUGAUGGAAGCUGAAUUAAGGGAGUUAAAACGAAAACUCGCAGAUGCAGAAGAAGAAGUAAUUAGAUUACGAGCUAAGGCAGGAUUAGUUGAUGAUUACGAACGUAAAAUAAGGAAUUUACGCGAUGAAAUCACCUAUACUCCUGUAAAACGAACAACUUUCGCUGAUAAGGAUAUAACUGAUUCCGUUUCCUUGUAUCGAUAUGUUCCGAAGGUCAACUCACCCCUGGCUCUCGAUGACCCCGUUCAGAGAGUACGAUCACAGAACCUUAUUUCAAGAUUUAACGACAUGUUCGCUCAAGAUCGUCUCAACGCCAUGGAUACCUUGAGACGCUACUCAGACGACAACGAAAACACACAAAGAAUUAUUUUCACUGCCUUACAGGAAGCAUUCAGUACUGCCAAGCAAGCUUUCCGUCAAUUUAAGAUGAAAGUUCGUUCUAAUCUCCUUAAGACCCAUUUUGGUCCCGAGACCCUUGAAGAAGCUGUUCAAGACUACAUCAAUCGUAAUACAGACCUUUACGAUCUUCCAGGCCUUGUUGCUGAUGUUAUUCGAGCUUUAAACAGAAAUCCGAAAAUAUACCUGAGUCCCGAUAAUACCUUCGCUAUUAUCCAGCCCUUCAUCCGAGAAUCUGUGAAACUAGCAUGGCAGAUGUCAGCCCUAGCUCAUCCAUUGGAUAUCGCCAUAGCAACAGACGCAGAACUUUUCGAUGAUAACAAAUAUCGUCGUAGUUAUGAUUCCGAGUAUACUGCUCCUUUAGUCAAUCACCAUAUAUGGCCAUGUCUACAACAAGGUAUUCGUGUUCUAGUGAAAGGUGAAGCUCUCACACGUCGUGGUGCAUCUUUAGGAUCACCAAGAAGAAGUCGCAGCCCAGUUAGAAGUUUGAGUCCAUCCUUGAGAACCCGAUCCAGGAGCCGUUCCGUAAGUCCAAUGAGACGAGCCCGUUCAAUCAGCCCACGUCGUUCUCUAAGUCCGAUGCGAUACUCACGAUAUUAAACAACAAAUAGACACAAGUUAUUUUAUUUAUUUAAACUGUUUUACAUCAAUAGAGAUAAAGAAAUAGAUGUUUUUAACAUGUUUGGGGUGAUAAUACGAACUCGGAAGAAGGAUAAUUUCAAUCUAGAAAGACCACACUUUAUUUGAACUUCAGUUUUUCGGGAACAUUUGUUACUUCUUGUU